AUGUGUGUUGUGCGGAACAAACCACUUGAGGAAGAGGAGCAUGAGGAGGUUUCUGGGGCAGAGAUGCUUGUGUUGGAGAAUACUGUAUCAGAACUUGAACUAGAUUUCCAAUCAGAGGUCUUCCCGCAGGAUAAAGUGUAUCUCACGGAGUCUAAGGCUAAUGAAGGGAUUGGGACCUCCAGGAGUAGAGUAAAGAAGUUGAUUGGUAAGUUGAAACCGAAAGUUGUUGCUCUAUUAGAAACUUUUCAAAAUUUAGAGGAAGCUCGUAAAUUGGCGCGCUGUUUGAAUUUUGAUAAUGUCAUUUCUAAUGAGAAUGAUGGGGGCAAAAUUUGGAUUUUCUGGAAUAGUACCUAUGUGGUGCAUGUGGUUUGGAUGGGAGUGCAAUUUAUUUCUAUGCUAGUAGGUGAAGGGACCGAGAUGUUCUUGCUCACUGCGGUUUAUGCUAAAUGCACCAUGGCGGAGGGAAGACUCCUUUGGGAUGAUCUUGGCUCUCAAAAUUUGGGAUCACAUCCUUGUGUGUUUCUGGGUGAUUUUAAUAUUAUUCGUAAUGAUUCAGAAAUGAUGAGAGGUAGGCCUCAGCCUAGCAUGGCUAUGGAGGAUUUUAAUAAUUGGAUUCACCAAGGGGGUUUGAUAGAAAUGGCUACGAAAGGAAGUAUGCUUACAUGGUGUAAUGGGCAAUCGGGGCUUGCCCAUUCUUGGGCACGUCUUGAUCGUGCUCUCAUGGAUAGUUCCUCCCAUGCAUUGUUUCCAAACGCUACUUGUUCAUAUUUGCCACGUUAUACUUCAGAUCAUGCUCCCAUGUUUAUUGAACUCAAGAAGGAUCCUUUCAUCUAUGGCUCGACCUCUUUUCGUUUCCAACAAAUGUGGGUGGACCAUCAUAGCUUUUUGGAUUGUGUUUGGGUAGGUUGGGACUUUAGGGUGGAGGGUUCAGCUAUUCAGAUUUUGACUAGAAAAUUAAAGCCGACUAAGGUGGUGUUAAGGGAGUGGAAUAAAAGGGUUUUUGGGCAUACAUUGGGUCGUAUUGAUGCACUGGAAAAACAGGUUGAGGAGAUUGAGCAACAGUUUCAAGUUAAUUGGGAGGAAAAUUUGAGAGAGAAUUACAUAUGGUAG